UGCAGUAUAGAGUAGACUCGCUGACGGUCGCGCCCCCCACCGGUUUUCGCAAGUGUUUCUCGUCGCGGCCGCGUGUUACGCGCGCGUGUUUUCGUCUGUGUGUGUGUGUGUGUGUGUGUGUGUGUGUGUGUGCGCUGGCGCGAGUGUUUGGCGCGCGUGUUCGUGUAUCCGUGUUAGGCAGCGAUAUUGGUCAGCUCGACGACGAUCGUCGCGGGCCGGAAGCGUACGAUAAAACAUCGUUAUACUAUAAUAUUAUUACUAUAAAGUAACGACGACAACGACGACGACGACGACAACAACAACAACGAGUAACAUCACAACGUCGGCGUGCGCAGAGCGGUCGAAAUAGAGUGGUCGCGUAUAGUUUGAUUUUCGGUUUCUCGUCGUCUCAUCCGUCCCAUCAUUUACAUCCGUUGAUUCCGGAAAAAUAAAUUAAGAUAAGAGCGCGCGUUAACGCCGAACGCUGGCGCACCGGCCACUGUGGUCAUGACCGCGUCGGCGGUGUCGUCGACGUACGCGGCGUCAAUGUCUACCAGCGCCGCCGCUACUAACGCUACCGCCGCCGCCGUCGUCGGCAUCACUAUUACUCGUGCUGCCGCCACUGCCGCUGUCGCCGUCGCUGCGCUCUGUACUAUUACCGCCGCUGCUGCCGCCGCAUCUACUACUACAUCCGACGACAUAACCUCCGCCGACAUUACGACUACCGACACUAUUUUUAAUACUACCAAUACUACUAAUAACACUAUUACUUCUGAUAUUACUGCGAAUACCACUACUAAUAGCGAUACCACAACCAUUAUUGCGUUUACCGGUGCUAUAACGACUAUUAUUACCACUACAGCGGUGGCGGCGACAACGACUCGGUGGUCAGCCGCGUUACGCCACCAUCUACACUGAUAUUAUGGGCCGCCGCGUAGCCCGCACCGUUUUACGGCAACGUCGUCGUCGUGUGCGGACAGCGGACCGCCGCCGUCGCGGGCUCUGUGUUGUUAUGGUCGAUUGUGCGGGUCACCAGCCCGGCGACGCGACAUGAUCUCUGGCGUCGACACGACGCUACAACGCAUCUCCACAGUCGUCAAAUCGUCGUUUCCCCAGGCAGUUGCAGCUGUUGUACAACAUCACCAUCACCAUCGCCACCGCCACCACUACGCGCUACCGACUCAUCCGUCAAGUACAAGGAGGAAAAAUGCGGAUUCCGCGGCGAAACGGCCGGAUCGGUUGUGAUAGAGUGGUGGCGCCGGUUCCGGCGGUACAAUGCGCGCUGCCAGCACCGGCGGCGGUCUCAUCCGUCUCGUCGUCAUUUGGCCGAUGGUGCUCGCAGCGCUGGUCAUGACCGCAACCGGCGCCUCGCCAACGUCCGCGGCGGUGUACGCCGCUACGGCCACCGUCACGGCCGCCACGGCCACGGUCACCGCGGUCGCAGCGACCCGCCGGACCGGGUCGCAGUCCCCGUCCCCGUCCCCGUCGUCGCCAAAGUCAUCAACACCACCGCCGCCGCCGUCGCCGGCCGCUGACAACGCGACGGCCGGCACCGCGGCCUGCGAAUUGGUGCGCGUGUCGCUCCGGGAGCCGGCGUGUACCGGGCAGAUAAGCGAGGGCCCGGGCCCGCCGCGGUGUCCCGCGGCCAUCCCGUGCGCCCGACGUGCCGAUAACGAUAAUAAUAAUUAUAAUAAUGAUAAUGAUAAAAAGUAUAAUAAUGUUAAUUACGAUUACAAUAAUAAUAACGAUAACGAUAGUAUUAAUAAUUAUAAUAACGAUAACGAUAACGAUAACGAUAAUAAUAAUAAUAAUAAUAGUAGUAGUAAUCAUCAGUGCCUUGAAUACGCCCGUCGGCAGCUCAUACCGGCCAUGUGCCCGGACGACCCGGGCGCGUACCGCCGGCCCGGCCGUCUGUCCCGGUACCGGCUCCGGCACUGUUGCCACCACACCGUCGAGUCGGUCGUACAGCAGCCAUACGCGGACAAGGAGUCGUGUGUCGACCAGGUGAACAAGGCACUCGAUAUGGACGACAUCGCGGCCGCCAUGUCGUGUCAGUUCAACGAGGUGUUGGCCAGGUACGACUGCAAGCAAAAGUACUCCGCCAAGUCAUGCGAUUCGUGCAAGGACGCUUACGCUCUCUGGGCGUGUGCCGCGGUCCUGCCUCACUGGACCCGGACGACGGCGAAACAGGGACGCCGCGGCCGUUACAGGGUGAACGCUUGCCGGUCCGUGUGUCUGGAGGCUGAACAAAAGUGUCCGUGGCUACUUCCGGUAGCCGAUGACACCAACCCGUACGCCGGCGAGGCAUCGUUCACUUGUAUAGAUCCGGACAUAUGGUUCCAAACGUCUGCGACAGACGUAACCGAACAAUGCUGCUACGAGCACUGUGCGGAUGGUCUAUGCGUACGGAACGAAACGCUGUGCAACGGUGGUAGUGGCAGCGCCGCGGACUUACAGAGACCGGUGUGCGUGGAAAACGUUCCCCUGGACAUCGAGGAGUCUCAGUGCACCGAUUAUAGUCUGACUGACACGUCUUCAAGCAGUCGACCGGACCUGCCACUGCACCUCCUGUUGUGGGCGGCAUCGGGGCUGGCGUUGGUAGCGAUGGCGGCCGUCACGUAAUAGCUGACCAGACGAUGACGACGAAGACGACUGACGAUGAUAAAAACGGAGAUACAAAACAAAAGACACGAUUUCCGAAAAAUUAUAAAUCUAUUAUUAUUAUUAUUAUUAUUAUUAUUAUUAUUAUACAUUAUUGUUGUUAAUAUUGUAAUGUCACUUGUGAACGGGCGAGGUUUUAUCUCAAAAAAAAAAAACGAAACCAAAAAAUAAUAAUAAUAAUUAUUAUAGUAUGAAAAAAAAAAUAAUAACGAAAAUAACGACGGACCGCCCGUCCGAUGAACGCGGACGCAACGGGCACGAGCAGUACAUAUAAUAGCUCGUCAUCGUUGCUUGAGGGCGGCCGGUGAACCGGAGGGAGCUUGACACCUCUCUGACAGGGUCCUCGUUCCUGAUAAGACUAUUAUUAAAAUACUUAUACAAUACAUUAUAUUGUUAUAAAAAUACACACACUCUCACACACACACAAACAUAUACACUCACAAGAGGCGUAACUAGGGAAGGUAGCUGGGGGUAGAUUUGUCACCUCUCCCAACAAAUAAUUUAAACCUCAGCAUCCAUUGAAAUCAUUGAAAAAUAUUACACAGGCUAUCAAAAACUGUUAAAAAUAUAUGAUAUACGUUUUAACCUCAUUUCCGUGAGAUCAGUUGUUUCGUUACUACGACCGUAUCACAUUCAUACACACCAGUGACAUAUCUCUGGGUAGGAGGUGAGUGGUACAUAUUUGUCACCCCUCCAAAAUAAUUCAACUCUCAGUAUCCGUUAAAAUUAUUGGAAAAAAAAAUAUAUUAUGAAGACUAUCGAAAGUAGUAAAAUAUAUUAUUAUAUUAUAAACGUUUUACCAUACUAGCCGAGUUUGAUUGUCUGGUUACGCCCAUUUCACACACACACACACACACACACACACAUACACACACACACACUUAUAAACACAUAUACCACGAUCGUUGGCACCGCAGGUUUUUUCAGACCGGGACCAAUAAAAUAUUAUUACAAUAUAUAAACGAACGACGAACACGCGUAAUGAUUAUACUGACGGAUAUAUUAAUAUAAUAAUUAUUAAACAACGCGUGAGGCGUAGCGUAUUAAUAUAUUAUUAUUAUUAUUACAAUUUCAACGCAGAUAUAAUUUAAGUAAAUACUAUUGUAUUAUUGUAGUGCUAAGAACGUUAUAACGUAGAUACUAACGCGUUACCGCUAUUAUACUAUUAGGUCGUAAUGAGUUGUACGACUCAAUGUCCGAAUAAAUUGUAUAGAGUGAGAAACGGAUUCACGCAUUUGUUUUUUUUAAUGUUCUGUUAUCUUGUUUUUAUUUUUAUUUUAUUUCAAUAUCUAACAGCGCAUAAGAAAAAUCUGAUAGUCACGUAACGACGAUCGAUUACAAUAAUUAUUAGUUAUUAUUUAAGUUUAUUAAUUGAUAUCGUCGGAAACACGGAUCGUUUUCAUCAUAAUAUUAAAUGUACCUAUUACACUCAUAAUUGGCGUAAUUUUCAUCUUUACCUGUUUAAUGCACGCCAUCUGUCAAGUGUGCUGUUUUAAGACAUUCUAACGAUGUAUUGCGCUUGAAUUACUUUAACGGUUUCUUAAAACGAUCCAAUUCCAAGAAAUAAUCAGUAAUUAUUUGGGGAUUUUUUUGUAUCCACCACAUUAGAAUUUAAAAUUUUUCAAAAUAAAAUAAACUUAAAUAUUUGUAAUAAAUAAAAAUUUUCUUGUGUUCAUUUCCAUAAUUUUGCAAAAUCAUAAUAUGUAUUCAUCUUCUACAAGUUAUAAAAACGAAUUAAAUCUCCUCAAAGCGAUAGGCACCUGUCACAAAGUUUUUUUUAAAUUAUUUUUUUCUAGUAAGUGAUAUAGGUUGUAUUUUUUACUUUUUAAGUAACAUAAUAAUUGAACGUAUGUAUAAAAAUGAAUGUCAUUAAAUAGUAGGUAUGUCCCGUGUUAUAUAGAUUUGUACGGGUGAUCUUUAGCAUAUUGUGAUUAUUAGCUUCUAUGGUUUUAAGUUUUUUGUUAAUUUAAUAUGUUCAAUAAAUUUGUUUUAUUAAUGUUUUAGAACUGCUGGAGAUAAAUUAGUUAAAUUUUGUUUAAGACAAUAAUAUUAUUGUUGUUUUCUCGUUUACGCAUAGAAAAAACUUACGAAUAGGACCUUUAAAAAAAAAAAAAAAAAAAAAAAAAAUGUUCUUGGGCCUAAAAAUCGGAAAGUGUUAAAAAUAUAUUGUUCCUGUUAGAAUUUAAAUUUAUAAAAUAUGCUAAAAUUUGUUGUGAAAUUUAAUAUGUUCAAAUAUAAAUAUAACAUACAAACAUUGUAAUAAUUUAAAAUAAAUAUAGGGUUAAUUUUUAUAAUUUGACUGGUUUAGGUAAACAUGGUUGCAAAAAUAUAUUAUCUAUAGAUAAUAAAUGUAUAUAUAUAUUUAUUAUUUAUAUAAAUAUAUCUAUAUAUUAUUUAUUUAAAUACAUAUAUAUAUAUAUGAUAUGAGUUAGCUUUAUUUGUAGGUAGUUCCGUCCAAACAUAUUAUAUUGUAGUUUAUAAACAAUAUCUCGUACUUACGGCCUACAGAACGUUAAAUUUAAUUGAGCAAUUUAUUUUCAAAUCUUAUUUCAUGCCCUUCAAUUGUAAUUUUUUUGUUUUUGUGCCAAUUUAAAUCUUACUUAAGUCAAUAUUAUUAGAAAAGUGCUCAAUAUAUAUUGUAAAAAUUGAUAGACUUAGAAAUGAAAAGAAAUGUCAAAUCUUAUAAGUAUAUUAUUGUAGGUUUAAUAUUUUUAAAUAAAUUAUUUAAGAUUAUUUUUUAACUAUAUAAUAAAUUACGGAUUUCUCAAAGAAAUUAUGGUAUAAGCCUACCAGCCGGCUUAUCGGAAUGAACCCAUCAUCUUUUUUCAAUAUCAGUUUUAUUGCAUUUGCUCGAUGAAAGGAAGUUAGUUGUUUUACAGUUAUGUGAUAUUUCUCUAAAAUACUUUUUGAAACUGUUAAUGUAUUGUUAUAAGAAAAAAUUCAAUUAAAAACAAAUAUUGAUCAAUUUGGGCACAACACAUCAUACUCAACCUUGUUAUUAAAAAUGUUAUUAUUUCUUUUUAAUAUUCGGUAAAAUACAUUAAGUUUUCUUACGUUAAUGAAAUUAUGUACGAAUGAAUUUAGUGAAUACCAAAAUGUGUUUAAUGAAAUGUACUUUAAGCAAAUACACAAUACUGAUUAAAAAAAAUGAUGAUGGGCAAAUAUGUGGCUUAAAUAAUAUGCUAAUAUUUAAUACACAUCAAACUCACAAAAGUGGUACAAAAUUUUUCAUUUUGAGAAGACCGUCCUUAUUACUUACAAUUAUGUACAUAGCCAUAAAACUAAAUAUAAUAUUAAUUAAUUUUCUACUCUAUAUACUAUUUCUGUUCAUAAAAUGAAAAAAAAAAUUCAAAAUUAUUUUAUAGCUUUUUAGGUACAUAUACUAAUAAUUACUAUAAUGAGUUUAUAUACAAAUAACUGAGUGCUCUGUAGAUGAAAGUUUUAAGGUAUUUUUACACCACUUGAGUAGAGACCAAGGGGCAAGGGCUAACCACUCCAUAGCGGUCGUUUGAUUAAUAUAAUAAUAAUGAAAAACAUAGAUAACGAUAAUAAUAUAAUAUGAUUGAUUAGACUAUUACAAAAUUAAGGUUAUAUUUACCUCUAUUAAUAAUGUCAUUAUACUGAAUAUAUUAUAAUUAUAAAUAUAAACAAACAUGUAGUCAAUUGUAAAAAUAAUUCUAUAUGAUUAUAUUAAGUAUUAUAAAUAAUAAAAUAUAAAAACUGUUGGUUAAUUAUUAGUUUUGUAAAACAUUUGUUACGUUCAGACGUAUAUUAUAAGAAUUUUAAAAUAAUAAUAUGAAUGCAAAAUACUAUUACGAGAACAGAAAAACAUUAUGUUAUGGAAUAAAACGUUUGUUUUAUAGGAAAUAUAUAUAAUUUAAAAUACAUAA